CACAGCAUCACCCUGCCCUGUUUAUAUGGAGAGACAGACGGCGGUGACACAGAGCAUUAUAGAGAGAGAAAGUGCUGAAGUGUUGUUUGGAGAGAGGAAAGGAAGCGGAGUCUGUAAUUGGGGUUCUUCCAUUCUCUCUCUAUCUCUUCAGGAUUUCUGAUAUAUAAUACUUAUAUAAUAAUAUAAUGGCGGAUAUGUAUGAAGUCACCUAUUCUUCAUCUUCCUCUCCAGUUGAACCCGACGAUAUUUCCCUUUUCCUUCAGCAAAUCCUCCUCCGUUCCUCUUCGUCUUCUUCAUCAUCUUCGUGUUCUCUUAUGGCCCACAACAACAAUCAAAUGCAGUCUUUUCCAUCUUCUCAUCUUAUGCAACAAAAUCAACACCAUCCCUACCAUUCAUCUCUCCUUCCAGGAUCGGACCGCCUUGUCACGGACCGGAUCUCAGCGGCCGAUUCAACUUCCGGGUUGAACCUGUCCUCCCCCGCCGUCCCCGGCGGAUAUUUUCAGGCGAGCGCACUGAAUAUGUCUUAUUCUUCCGUUGGAACACUCGACAAUGACGUUGACGAGUACGAUUGCGAAAGCGAGGGGGGUUUUGAAGCUUUGGGGGAAGAGGUGCCGGUAAAGCAAGUGAGUCCUCGGAAUGCGUCAAAGAGAAGCAGAGAAGCCGAAGUUCACAAUUUGUCUGAAAAGAGGAGGAGGAGUCGGAUUAAUGAGAAAAUGAAAGCAUUACAAAAUUUGAUUCCAAAUUCCAACAAGACUGAUAAGGCUUCAAUGCUGGACGAAGCUAUUGAAUAUCUCAAGCAGCUUCAGCUCCAAGUACAGAUGUUAACAAUGAGAAAUGGAUUAAGUUUGUAUCCCAUGUGCGUACCUAGAUUACUGCAGCCAACUCGACUCUCCCAGAUGAGGAUGGACUUUCAUGAGGGAAAUGGAUCCCCAACAAUUAACUUGACAAGCACACCUCCGCUAUACCAAGAAACACUAGCAAGUACUGUAUUCACUCUACCCAACCAAUGCCCUAAUGCAAACCAGCAACACAUUGGCAAUUUGCCAGACAUAAUCCAUUCAGAAGCUUCGUUUGGAUUGCAACCAUCAAUUCAGGAUCACCUUAGACCUUUUCAGCUCCAAACUUCAUCUGAGGAAAUUUGCAGGGAGGACUUGCUGCAUUAUCAGCUACAAAACAUGGAUCAUUCUGAGACAAAUCCAAUAGAAUUUCAAAUGGGAGCCAAAGCCCCAAUGUCAAUCCCCUUUGAUACACAAGCAUCUGAUUACAAAGACAAUGCCUUGCGGGAAUGCAUCCCUGGAAAAGACCGGUCAGAAGGCCUACUGCUAAUGAAUUUGGCAUGCGACCCAGUCCUGUCCUCCCAGUUGAAUUGCCUGGACAUAGGAAGAAAUGCACCCAAGGAUGACAGCAAUACUGGAAGACCGAAUUUUGAAAUUUGAGAUUCAAAACCUUCUAAACUUUGGUAGCUUACUAGCCUUGAAUCACUCAGGUAUCUUUUGAAUCCAGUGUAGCUACAACUUCCAAGUACUUGUAAAUUCUGUUGUAGCCUAGCAUUGUCUUGGACAAGGAGCUAGUAUUUUGUGUUAAAAUGUUUUCAAACAGACAUGAGAUGGAGCAAAGAACACUUGGCCAUCGCUUGUAAUAUACCUUGAAGAAAAUGAAUUCCACGUGAAGUCAGAAUUUCCG